AUGUGCAAGGAGUCUUUGUUGCCAUCUUCUCGGUAUGUCAUUCGGUUCCGGAUCAAGAAGAAUGUCUGGGCCUACACGUCAAUAGCCACAGGAGUCCUUCAGUCACACAUUGGAAGCACCAUGAGAAAAUGGGAUGAUUUCCAAGACCAAAGAGAAGGCGAGAUUGAGUGCCUCGAAGUUCCACCUGCAGAAACCUGGACUUUUGUUGCGUCGACGGAAGCGACGAGGUCUUCUCCGUUGCCAUUCUUCCACCCGAACGUGGAAGACACAGAUGAUCAAUCAGAGGAACCAAAUUUUGAUGACUUUCUUGACGAAGAUUUUAUCGGGGGAAUCUCCCAAGCUGAUAAAUCAGUUGUCUUCAAUUUUGCUUUCGGUGAGCACAGUCUUGCGGCCGUCUACAAAAGGAGCACCUCGAUCGAAACCUUGGCACAGAAGAAAGAAUUCCCAUCGGAGGCUCCACUGCAACUGGUUCAAAAGUUACUGAAUCAAAAUCUUCCGCAACUUGACCUCGUCGCGCAGCAUUUGUUGCAUCAUUUCAGUACGGUACAAUCGUCACACGGAACCUCUCUGAUGGCUCUUGGACGAAUCAUAGACUACUACAAGAGCCACUUGCCCUAUGCGACUGUGUCAAUGAAUGUGAUAAGGGAGCCCGUCAGAUUGUGGGGCUGGACUCAGUCACUGGCUAAAGAACUUGACCUCCUCAGUCCCCUUGCGGAACAAGAAGCGCGCGAAAAUCGAAUUCCAACAACGAUAUACCCAAGCCAAUUAUCUCGUGAAUAUGCAUUCGCGGCGAUUCUUCAAUUCGAGUCCGGUGAUAUCAGCGUUGAUACUACCAAGCUAACAGAAGUCCUGGCGAUAUCUAGCGGCAAUUCCCUUUUCAUUGCUGAUCAACUGCUGCAUGAUCCGAUUGCCGCGGAGGAUAACUCAGCAGGGCACGUUUCACACGUCAUAGGAAAUGUUGGUAAACCAGGGGUCACGCUUUUGAUCUCUCCGCCGGAGUUGAACAUUCGCGAGCACGAGCUUGAGCGGUGGCAAUUUGUCAAUCACAGACCAUUUGACGGGGAGUCAAGAGGUGGGAUGUUCGACGGUACAUCCCUUCAUUUAUAUUUCACUGGUUGGGAAGGGGCCAUCAGUCCGCAGCCAACCAACUCUCGAGGACUUGAGGCAUAUUAUGUCGAGACCACAAUCUCAGUGAACGAUGCGGGGGAGUGGGUGGGCGAUGUAGACAUAUUGAAAGGACUCCGCAAUUUGGAAUUGGGAGUGGGGGAUCUGACUGAAAAGUGCUUGCAUGAUCAGUCUUUCACAUCGGCUGGUCUCAAGAUGAUUUCCAUCGACUGCUGGGAAGAGAUUUUGGAUCCGCCAGACGGUGUACUUUUGUUGCGUUCGACACCUGCAGCAUUGGAUCAAGGUAGGCAAUGGCAAUGGAUGGUCAGACUUGCUGCGGCAAGUAUCGCGUUUUCGCGACAAUAUCGAUGUAUUUGUUUGCCACUGGACAGGAGUUUUUGUUGGACCUGUGUGGUUGGCAAAAUCAGCACCCAGAGCAAGAAGAAUGUCUUGCUUAUUUAUUGA